CGGCAGUGGCGGCGGCAGCGGCGGCUGGAGCCUCUGAUUGGGUUUCGGGGUCCGGUACUGGAGCCAAUCAGCGCGGGCAGCGAACCGGGGGAGCGAGGCACGGAGUGCAUCCUGAAGUCUUCUAGGAUCUCCAGAGUGAAACUCACUGUGGUCAAGACUCUAACUUGGAGGGACCAUGGAACAGUAUACAGCAAACAGCAAUAGUUCAACAGAGCAGAUUGUUGUACAGGCUGGACAGAUUCAGCAGCAGCAGCAGGGUGGUGUUACUGCUGUCCAGUUGCAGACUGAGGCCCAGGUGGCAUCCGCCUCAGGCCAGCAAGUCCAGACCCUCCAGGUAGUCCAGGGGCAGCCAUUAAUGGUACAAGUCAGUGGAGGCCAGUUAAUCACAUCAACUGGCCAACCCAUCAUGGUCCAGGCUGUUCCUGGUGGACAAGGUCAAACCAUCAUGCAAGUACCUGUAUCUGGGACACAGGGUUUGCAGCAGAUACAGUUGGUCCCACCUGGACAGAUCCAGAUCCAGGGUGGGCAGGCUGUGCAGGUACAGGGCCAGCAGGGCCAGACCCAGCAAAUCAUCAUCCAGCAGCCCCAGACAGCCGUCACUGCUGGCCAGACGCAGACGCAACAGCAGAUUGCUGUCCAGGGGCAGCAAGUGGCACAAACUGCCGAAGGGCAGACCAUUGUCUAUCAGCCAGUUAAUGCAGAUGGCACCAUUCUCCAGCAAGUUACAGUCCCUGUUUCAGGCAUGAUCACCAUCCCUGCAGCCAGUUUGGCAGGAGCACAGAUUGUUCAGACCGGAGCCAAUACCAACACAACCAGCAGUGGGCAAGGGACUGUCACUGUGACACUACCAGUGGCAGGCAAUGUGGUCAAUUCAGGAGGGAUGGUCAUGAUGGUACCUGGUGCUGGCUCUGUGCCUGCUAUCCAGAGAAUCCCUCUCCCUGGGGCAGAGAUGCUUGAAGAAGAGCCUCUCUAUGUGAAUGCCAAACAGUACCACCGUAUACUUAAGAGGAGGCAAGCCCGGGCUAAAUUAGAGGCAGAAGGGAAAAUUCCAAAGGAAAGAAGGAAAUACCUGCAUGAGUCUCGGCACCGUCAUGCCAUGGCACGGAAGCGUGGUGAAGGUGGACGAUUUUUCUCUCCAAAGGAAAAAGAUAGUCCCCACAUGCAGGAUCCAAAUCAAGCAGAUGAAGAGGCUAUGACACAGAUCAUCCGAGUGUCCUAACCCCAGGCCAUGUGAUGGAACUGAUCAAGGUCAUGUUCCUCUCACUGUUUCCCACUGUUCCAAGGAAACUGAUCACCUCUUCCAAUGGGACACUGACGAUUACAUUCUGCCCUUUUCUACAGGACAGAAACCACUUAGUUUUUAAUAAGUGGCUUAGUAUUAUAAUUGCAAGGAUGUCUGGCAAAUAGAAGUUGCAAGCCUUUGACUCACCCUUUCAGUCAGGACUUAUUUCAGACUGUUGUUGACAUUGACAUUUCAUGGAUUGGGAUGAUGCAGGGGACCCAUGCCAGCCCAGCAGUACCACACCUAGCACUUAAUGUUGACUGGUAAUGCCAGCCAGCCAUCUCAGCAGAGGAGAACGACCUUCUCAACCUAAACUGCAGUCAGGGAAGCUGCAGCCCGCUCCUUCCCAUGGAUUCCAAACAGCACCCAUCCCUCUGAUGGGGGAUCUCAGGCUGACUAAUGGACACUUUGUAUUCAGAGAUGGUUUCCAGGCAAGGAAGCGUCAUCUCAUGAUAUGGAAACAAUAAAUUCUCUGAGAUACAUUCGUC